AUGGGUAUGGGUGCUAGUCAAAAGGUGAUCAGCACAUGGGUUUGCUUGGUUUUGAUGGUUUUGACAAAUAUGCUUGAUAUUUUCCAUGAUGCUGGGCUGGGCUGGGCUACUGGUAUCUUGUUUCUAGCGGCCUGUGAGUUUACUGAAGCUAUUGGAAACAGCCUAUUUGAUCAAGCCAUUGGAUAUUUUCCUAAGCUAUUGGGCCACUCAUUCUCUCUCACGCUUACCCAUAUAUUUGGGCUCAAGAAAUGGGCUCAAAUUUUGGUGCUCCCAAGUAGCCCAAAACUUCCACUUCUUGGCCCAUCAAUGGGCCUCGUGAAUGCUCUUAACUAUCCAUGCCACAACCCACUCAACAAGCCCCAGGCAUUCGCGUGGUUUGGGUUCACUUAA